AGCAGCAAAACUUGCGCCUUGCUGAUAGAUUCGAGGGGAGUUGGUCUCUCAACCGCGAGCCAUGUACCUGGACCAGACCGGGCGAGGAAAGUGGAGCUUCCGAAGAGUCGCCGGAAUAGUGAAAACUAUCUGCGGGAUGAACCUGGUGUUAAAGAGAUACUUACAUAAAGACAAGGUGAUACGAUGGGUAGCUCAUCAUCGGACAAGAAAAUCAGACAUUGACAAGGAAUUACUUUUCAACAUCCACAACUUUACAAAAACCAAAAAUGAGAGUGAUUCUUCAAAGCUGAAGAGCCUGCUUUCUGUACUCCCUCAUGAACGGACCGCACAUGGGAUUUCACUGGUACAAACACUUCUACAUAAGAACCAGGCAUUUCAAUGCAUGCCCCAUAUUGUCCAACUGGAGAUUUGCCAAGCUGCAGUCUAUCAGCGAUAUGAAGCUAAAACAACAGUCAUACGAAAAGGUCAUCAACCAGAAGGCUGCUAUUUUGUAGUUACUGGUAAACUAACAGCAAAAUCAAAUGAUGCCUCUUCAAUAGUUCAGAAUAGCAUCACUGAAGUUCUGAAUGAAAUUGAAGAAGGUGACUUGUUUGGGGAUGCAGUGCUUUUAACCAACACAAAGAGACCCACUACAGUUUUGUGUAAGACUACUGCAGAGCUGCUGCUAAUAAACAAGGAGGACUUUGAAUCCAUAUUGGCCAGAAUUCUUGAACAGCGGUAUAGUGUGAUCACAGAGUUACUAGGGUCACACCCGAUUUUUGCAUCAUGGACAAUAGAAAAACUGACAUUGCUUUCCCACAGUUCCCUGCUGCGGUAUUACAGAUCAGGAACAGCAGUUGUCCCAGAAAGCUGCAACUCUGCAUUUAUAGUCAUUGUUAAAUCUGGUCGGUGUCACAUAGUGACAAAUCUCAGAAUGGAUCAUCAUGGAAAAGAUCAGACCCAGCGACUGCGGUCAAAAAAAUCAACCAAGGAGCUUUCUAUGCUGACUUCAUUGGAGAAGGAAACAAAGUCCACAGGAAAAUCUCUACAGAGCCUCGAAGAACAACUUUCCAUCAGUGCGAGUGGAUCAGAACGAGACAUGAGCCGAGAGCAAUCUGCGUCCUUCACAACAAUAUCAAUAAACCACAUCCCAGAGGACACAAACAAAGGACUCGAAGAUUUGGAACCUUGCAAAGAAGAGUAUUUGGAUGAGUCACCUUCAUUUAGAUUUGUGCAGUCUACGCCUCAGAUAACUAUCACAACUGUGGAAGAAGGCAUUGAGACUCAAGAGGCCACCAAACCCUCUGCAGGUAAUAAUGAAGACCAAGAGCAGAAUAAAGAAAGAAAAAAGAUUCUGCCUAACUCUUCACGAGAGUAUCGUCGAUCAACGUUUGUGAAAAUAGCACAAUUGGAACAGGGAGGCAUUUUUGGACUGACGGAUAUUCCUGGCAGUGCUUGCGAACUACGAUUAAGCUUGGUUAGUGGUGGAGCUGAGUGUAUUUUCAUCCCAAGGAAGCUGUUCUUGGGAGAAGCCACAGAAAGGUCAAGGCAAGUUGCAUUGGAGCUGGUGGAUACGUACCCGAAUGAGCAGGUUAUUAGAGAGAACUUCACCAGAGAGCAAGAAUGGAGCUUGUACAAGGCUCGACUCAUCAGGGACGUGCUAAGCAGCCGUGCAAAGCAGACCUCUGGUUCUGUCAAUUUAGGAACAACAAGCUUCUAAUUUGUUUUUAAUUGCCAUGCGCCAACAAGGCUACUAAUUUACACUCAAGUUACCAUUUUAGUUACUUAAUUUAUGAACCAUAAAAUAGGCAAUGUGACACCCAUUUCUCAGAUCAUUAAAUAGUGGACACACUUCAGACAUGUUGUGAAAGGACCCGCUCCUAAAAGUUAGGAUCUUCACAUAUCAGGCUUGUACUCAUGAUUUUCCAGACCAAUUUACUGCAAUUAUCACAUUAUUUUGUUUACCAUGAUCUGUACACAAUCUUAUCUUGU